GCACGUGGUGUGUUUGUGUGCCGCCGGUGGUGUUUGCGCGGCGGACGGCUGCGGGGCGGGAGUCGGUUUCAAUGGGCUGAGGGAGGCGGGGAUUGACGGGGGACGGUUGUGGGUGUGACGCGGCUGCGGAGCUUCCCCCGCCUCCUCCCUGGGUUCGGUUGCCGGCUCCGCGGUUUGGGCAACAUGGCGGUGGGCAGAUGGAAAUACUGAUGACUGUCAGAAAAAUCGCCUCGAUUUGUACGAUGGGCGCCAAUGCAUCUGCUUUGGAGAAAGAGAUUGGGCCGGAACAGUUUCCAGUAAAUGAACAUUACUUUGGCUUGGUCAAUUUUGGCAAUACAUGCUAUUGCAAUUCAGUUUUGCAAGCACUUUACUUCUGUCGGCCAUUUCGGGAAAAGGUUUUGGCGUACAAGGUGCAGCCCAGGAAGAAGGAAAAUCUACUCACAUGCCUAUCUGACCUCUUUAAUAGUAUAGCAACGCAGAAAAAGAAAGUUGGUGUGAUACCACCUAAGAAAUUCAUUUCAAGGUUAAGAAAAGAAAAUGAACUGUUUGAUAAUUAUAUGCAACAAGAUGCACACGAGUUUCUGAACUACCUUUUAAACACAAUUGCUGACCUAUUACAAGAGGAAAAGAAACAAGAGAAACAGAAUGGCAAACUGCAAAAUGGCAAUGUGGAAAAUGAGGAAAGUGAUAAAACAGAACCAACCUGGGUGCAUGAAAUAUUUCAAGGAACACUAACAAAUGAAACAAGGUGUCUUAAUUGCGAAACUGUUAGUAGUAAAGAUGAAGAUUUUUUGGAUCUUUCAGUUGACGUAGAACAAAAUACUUCAAUAACUCAUUGUUUAAGAUCUAUUUUAUUUUGUUUUAAACAAGAAAAGCCCUGUGUAGCAGGCAUUGAGGUUAUGCAUCGCAGAAGUGAUUUCAUUAGAGGAUUCAGUAACACUGAGACGCUCUGCAGUGAAUAUAAAUACUACUGUGAGCAGUGUCGCAGUAAGCAGGAAGCACAAAAGAGAAUGAGGGUGAAGAAACUUCCAAUGAUUCUUGCUUUGCAUUUGAAAAGAUUCAAGUACAUGGAUCAGCUCCAUAGAUACACUAAACUCUCUUACAGGGUGGUUUUUCCCCUGGAGUUGAGACUCUUUAACACAUCAGGGGAUGCCACUAAUCCAGACCGAAUGUAUGAUCUUGUAGCUGUGGUUGUUCACUGUGGCAGUGGUCCCAAUCGUGGACAUUAUAUCACCAUUGUAAAGAGCCAUGGUUUCUGGUUGCUCUUUGAUGACGAUAUUGUGGAGAAAAUAGAUGCCCAGGCUAUUGAAGAAUUCUAUGGGUUAACAUCAGACAUCUCCAAAAACUCUGAAUCAGGUUAUAUUCUUUUCUACCAAUCAAGGGACUAAGAAAUUUGAAGUAGGAAUUACUUAUCAUCUUAAAGGAAGCUGGUGCUCAGCGGCAUUUCCCACAGAGGCAGUGGGACAGGAUUUAACUGAAGAGCCGAUAUACUGCAAGUUUUUUUUGGUAUGCAAGUUGGUUACGUGAAUGUAUGCUGACAGCAUGAGGCCGCAAGAUAUUGGUGUUCCUUACAACAUUCUUCCUGUUACCAUGUACUAUCUUCCAAAAUCAUUGUACUCUAUUGUGGGAAGAAAGAAAAUGACAAAAUUGGUCCAAAUGCUUUUUUGUAAUUUUCAGUGCUAUCAUAUGAUUUGUAAAAUUUUUAUUGUAUUUUACACUACUGUAAAUUUAGUUGACUAUUUAUGAUUGAUUUAAUGUUUAAAAACAUUCUGAUAUGGCAAAACAUUGAUUUUUUUUAAAAAAAUAAGCUCUAAUUCUGGCAGCUUUUUAAGGAUAUAAUUUUAUUUUUAAAGAAGGCAUUGUAUUAUUUUUCCCCAGACAAAGUGGGGGUUGAAUUAAGUUAUGAUUACUGUUAAAUUCUUAUGUUUGCUAAGCACAGCAAGUAGCUUGCAGUAGAACUCAUGAUCAGGGCUAGACUUGACAACAGGUGCUGUUGAAUCUUUUUUGUUGCACAAACUACAUACAUUAUGCAUACUUAUAUAGAAGUUAGAUGAAGUUUUAAAAUCUGUUAAAGUUAGAAGGAACUUUAAGAUUUUGUGUUCAUUAAUUCAAUUUUUAUUUUACUCCACCUCGACUCCAACUAGGUUAGAUCCUCACCUGUCACCCAACCCUCCUUCCUGCACGCUGAUAUAUGAACAUUCUAUUGGUGAUCAGUGGGCCAAACACAGUGUUAGUAAUAGCACCAUGAGCUCAAACUUCUGCCACAGAAAAUUAUUCCGGUCAUUAGAGAUACAUAUUUUGUAUAUUGGGUUCAACAUUUUUAUGAACAAAAAGUGAGAGAUUUGAAAACUUACAAGAUAUACUGUGUUCCACGACAUUUGCUAUUGAUCGGAAAUCUAUUACAAAUAGCAUUCUCUUUUUUUUCUCUUUUGUGUGGACCUCCUGAAGUCAGUGUGCUGCACUGACUUCCAGAACUGAAGUCAAUGCUGUGAUCCGUGCAGCACGUCAAUUUGCUGUAUGCGAAACAUCAGAAUCCUUCGAGAGAAUGUUGAUUACAAAGUGCACUUUUAAUACAGAUUUGAGUAUCUGGACAGGCAUAACUUAUGAGAUGUGUUUUGACACAGUCUUGUAUUCUGGAGACUCUGCCUGAAUAAAGGUAACACAUGGGCCAAAGAAGUUGCUGUAGUGGUUCUGUGAGCUACAAUACAAUGUAUAAAAUUCUACAUAUACAGCUUUGGUUUCAUGAGUAGACUUCAGUUAGCUGUAGGUAAUAAUUUGGCUUCUUGUUUGUUUUUAUCCUGCUUCAGUUCCAUUCUAUUAGACUUUGUGCCUUGUACUGUGCACAGCAGAGCCAACCGGCUCUCAAAUACCUUACACUGUAGCUUGAGAACUGUUGCAUGGAUGAACAAGAGACUCACUCAGAAGGGUUGAUGGUUAGCUUUCCCACAAUGGACCUAGCUACCUCCUCAUGUUUGCAUUGCUGAUAGCAGAUACUUGUCAUGUGAGAAUCAGGUUGUAAACUUUGACCUUGUCCACUAUGUGGAGCAGACCAUUGAAGUUCUGGCACACUGUAUCACACUGAAUAGUUUUGUGUUAAACUCUUGCGUUAACUUGUGUACAGUUAAUCAAACUGAUGUAAAUUGUUUUUGAAUGUCUUUGUCUGUAAUAAAUAACAAUUGUGAUGGUGCUAACAAAGGGGUAAGUAGACAAGCAGGAGACUGGAAGAACACAGCAGGCAGCAUCAGGAGGCGGAGAAGUCAACGUUUCAGGUGUUAC